ACUCCCGUGGGCAUUUGAUUGAAGUAAUAGGAAGCAAAACUACUGGAGCAUCAGAUGAGAAGACGGAGUUUUUUAAUUUGUCAUUAACUGGCUUAUGACUAGGCUCCAUUACAUCGCAUUGGGAAUUUUAUUACUGAAAGCCAGAUGGAGAGAGAUAGAGAAAUCGAAGGUUCAAAUACGAAACCAAAUUAAGAAAAAUUACAAUAAUCACAGCAAAUCAUCAAAAUGCCGCGCCUUUUUCUUGUUCUCCCAUUGGUAGCCAAUGCGGCAUGAUUUCCUACAUUGAUCGGUGUCGUGAUCGCUACACAAGCGCUUUCAAAAGUAAAUAAAUCAGAGAAAAGUACAACGCAAUUUAUCAGCCGCUGUGAUAAUAUUAUAUUGACUUGUGAGUGCUCAUACAAACCGGCCCGGUAUGAAUCGCAAAUAAUAACAAUUUUUUUUAUUAAAUUUUCCACAAACUGAAUCGUUUUUAAUGGACCUCAUUUAUGUUAAAUGUUAAGCGGUGGUCGCGCAAAAUGUCAAUUGCCAACGCAUUCAACGUGUUUUCACAGGCGCACACCAAAAUGACGAAAAUCUUUUCAUUACAUCCAAGUCCAAAUCUAAAUCCAAGCAUCGCUGACUUACAUGAAAUGUGAAGCCAUUCUGACGUCUAACUUUAUUUCUUCGCGUCUGUCAAUUUUUAUUGUUGCCAUUAACUGUAUUUGACGCUCACUCGCGCGCGCACACAUACACAUAUACACUCCAUGCACUCUCCAAAGAGGCUGUCGAAUAGAUCCAUUUGAACUGCAUCACCAAUAAAAAUAAUCCAUUCGAUUGGGUGUUUGGUUUUAUGUGAAAAGUGAAAGCAUUUUCGUUUUCUCCCUAUGGUUUACGAGGCGAAUUUUCAUGGUUUUGCAUUACGUCGUCUCCUUUCGCAAAAUGCGCGUUUCCGUUGAUGUGAUUUGAAAUUUCGUGGCGAAUCAACUGAAGAAGUAAUUUCCCCGAGAAAACCUAUUUUCCACUUUUUCUUAUUUGCCUUGGCUUUUUUCAAUCAAUUUUAAUUCCCAUAUUCAUUUCCGAGAAAAAAAAGCAAAUGAUUGCUCACUGAGCCAUCACCGAAAUCAGGAAGAAGAGGAGGAGCAGACGCAAAAUUCGAUCAAUCGGAACCAGAAAAAUCUCAACCACAACAAUUGGCUCAAUGUUUAUUUAUAAAAACGCUUGUUUUCGUUGUCACUCAGCAUCGGUUUUUGAAAAUAAAAAAAAUCACAAACCUAUAAUUGGAAUAAAAUGACACAAAAUUAACGACUUAUAUAUCUUGUGUUUUAUUCUAGGCUUAUUUUAAUAAUUUUUCGAGCGUGAAGUUCAAGGAUUUACGAAUAAAAAUGCAAAUUUUUGAUUCUGAUUUUGCGCAGUAAUGAAUCGAAUGUAUCGCUUAUUGUUAGAAUAAACGUGAUUCCAUCCAACCGAAUGUGAUGUAAAUUCCAGACUUCGAUCAUCUUUUCGCUAAAUUAACCAUAAAAAUACGAUAUUUUAAUACGUUCGACCUCAUUUCGGGUACGAAUGCACUCAUUCAACAAUUUAAUACCGUUUGCCCAUUAGCCUAUAUUUGCCUUAACAUUAAAAACAAGACAUUUACUCAUUUGGGCGAUACAUCAAAAGACAUACAACUGUACAUUGGUCUCGAAGAAAAAGAAAUGUAUGGAAUUACUGAAAAUUUAUCACUUUUCCCAAGUGCAUCUCCGUUGUACAAAAGAAUAGAUUACACUGUCUUGUCGUCUAUAUGUAUUCGUGUGUGUGUUUCAUUUAGCUCUUUCGCCCAUCAGCUAAUUAAAUCGUAUUUUAUUCAAUUAAAAACGAUUUGUGGCACCGCAUCACAGUAUGAAAUGCUACAAUUCACCGCGCGCAAGUCCACCAAUAUACAGUAAAGAGAGGCAAGUGAAUUGUGCUGAUUUUCUCCGUUAGGUCGUGCGCGUAGAAGAAAGAAUCAAUUUUGUAAAGAAAUCGAAACAAUGAGAAGUGCCGAACAGAGGGAGAGAGCCUCAAUGUAACACUCACACAAUACAAAGCAAAGCAAAACAAAGUAAACCAAACAAAGAAAUUGAAAUCUUUCACUUCUUUCCCUUUCAUACUAAAAUGGCACGAGUUUUUGACACCAACAUGCAAUCAAAACACAAAUACUGCACACAUCACAAAAUCAAUCUGACUCCAAAACUGUGGCAAGUAUAAGAAAAUGUAUCUGUGUCACCAUUCAUUUGUAUUAUUUACUUUAGAAGAAUGUUGAGUUUUUCACCUGCCGCAAUGGUAGGAGGAAAUUUUGAAAUGAAAAUCGUGCCGGCGUCACUUUGAAAUCUUUCAAUCUACAGUUUUUAUGCGCAUGAGACUGACUUUUGCCGCUGCGUCGGUCGCGGCAACAAUAGAAAUGUUCAACAUUAUUAAAAUAUGCGUGAAAAUUUGUCGUAAAUUAUUUUUUAUACUAAAACAGAGACGUUUUUCUUAUCUAAAUUUUCUUGCAGCUGGCUUUCAGCGUUUCAUUGUCUGAAUGAGCGUGACAUUUCCACAUUGUGUGGAUGCUGUUGUUUUUGUUGUUGUGAAACAAGAAUAUGACAAACGCGAAUCGAAUCAAGACAACCUGACGAAAUUAACAGCGUUCUAGACUUUCGUAUUUGUGUUCUCUUCUCUUUUAGCACACAGACGCUUUUGUUCGCGGCCACUUCACGAUGGCAAAGAACAUAGGCAGCGAGCGUUACACAUGUCAAUACAAAUAAUGAUACAGAGUAGCGAUCCAAAACAUUGGAAUGGUUUCGCUCGGAUAAGCAUGGUGUCAGAAAGAUCAUUCAAUCAACUCAAAAUCAUUGUCGCAAAUCACUCUUUGCUCUGGACCGGAGAAACAUGAUUGAUUUCAGCUGAAUUGUGUGCAGAUUGAAAUUCAAUAUUGAAUUUUCUCGGUCUGUGAUGCGAAAAAUUUCAAAAAAUUGCUUUGAAAUUUAAUUUCACAUUCCGAUUGCAAAUGUAUCAUAAACCAAAGAGCAGCAACACGGUAUAAUUGAAAACGGUGAUUUUAAUCGAAAAAUUGGAAACCAUCUUCCUUAGGUGAACGAACAUGCCGGCCAUAAAAAUAUCGCUCAGAGCUUCGUUUUCUCUAUUGCAUUUUUUCACAGCGAUUUUUUAAAACUAUUUCAACAAAAAAUUGUACAUUAAUCGCCUGUUCUAAUGAUUCCGGUCGGCCUGCAUCUCGCACAAAUUAACCGGCACAAUGAACAGUGUACAUAUUUUAUUGGAAACUACGAUAUAUUUACAUUAAAAUCACUAUUUACCAUCGUAGAGUAAUCCGAGGAUUUAAAUUGCACGAAAUGAAUUGAAAUUGUGCGAUUUUGCAAAACCUGCUGAAAGUCAUUUAAUUAAAUAUCAAGUAAAUGGUGAAUAAAAAUUUCGUAUCGUUCAUUCGUUCAGUUUACCAUCAAGUGUGCGUCCGGUAGUGGUAAGAAAUCGGAGUUAGCAUUGGGUUGAAAUUGAAACCGCACUGUUCAAUUCACUUCAGUCUGGUGUUAUUUAUAAACUAUCGCCGUGAGCAAACAUACAUGAAUCACUAAAUGUACAAUUUGCUAACUAAAAUAGACAGUUUUUCCCAGCCGCCAUAGAGUGCAGUGCGCCCCGAUGCAAAUCAGUUUGAGUGUGCGAAAUGCAGUCACAAAUAACUUUGGUUCGUGUCUAAUGUCGCACUUGCGAAUGGUCUUGUUCUUGUUUCAGUCAAAAUGCGUGCUAUAAUUAGAAUUCCAAGUACUAUGCUUUUUAUGUUGCGGAUAAGAAACAGCUGUAAAAUCACAAGUGUGGAACAUACACCUCAUCUUGAUGAGUGUGCCCAUACGUACGCUCACACCGAUGAACACCUAUGCAAAUUGCGAUGAAACACAAUACUUGGCGCAAUACUUUGUGCUGUGACUUCAAACCCCUCAAAGCAUCAAGUUGAUACGCGAAUAAAUAACUCAUUGUUUUGUAAUGAUGCGAUUACUUUUAUAUCAUGCUCAUAUUCACACGCAUUCAAUUACCAUCAUUUAUGUCAAAGAUCAAACAGUACGAGAACCCAUUAGACAUUCAAUCAUUACAUUCUAGAAGUCAAUUAACGCGUGCAGAAAAAUGUCUUAAUUUGAUCCGUUGUCGCUGCCGCUGCUGGUGCUGUGCUGUUGCACACGAGCCGACUCGUCUAUUUCAAGAUUCCGGAGCUGAUACUGAGUCACAGAAACCUGCAGCUCACUCAACGGAACCGAAAUUCUUGCAUUUUGAUAUUUUUCGACUGCAGCGACAUGAAGUCGCUUUGCCACGACUGAAUUCAUUGAACUCGCGCUAGCGUGUUUUUUAUAAAGCAACUACGAUCAAAAGAGCGAUUCACUUGUCGACGGAACGGAAGAGAGCGUCGCGAGUGAGAGAGCAACCAAAAAGCUUGGGAGAGACAUAUCUAUGGAGAGGAAGAGAGAGAGAGUCGUUGCGGUUCCCCACUUCGUCCAUUUCGAUUUACGAAUCAGCUGUUUGAGAGAAGUACGUCAGAGCUUGUGAACAACCGCACUGUCUCCGGCUGCUUUGCUGGUGAAAACAACAUACCGCGUGUGAAAUGAUUUCUAUGCUGCGUUCUUGUUUCUUUCUCUUGAUUACCAUUUCCCCUUAUUUUCGAACAUAUGACUGCCGUCUGGGAGCGAGCUUCCACUGCGUAUAGCUCUCCGCAUCAUGUUGGAAAAAAGAGCUUUGUGAGCGAAAAAUUAUCGACUCAACGAGCACAUAUAAAUGCGUUCCAUUCUUCAAAUGCCAUAGUCAGUCUUCGGUUUGUCAUUAUUGUGUACGGUUCAUGUAAUUUUUCACGGCUCGUUCGAAAAAUAUCAAAACAAAAAGAAAAAAAAAUAACAGUAGAUGUUAUUGAAAUUAACUUUAUAAUUCAUUCAAAUUAAUUCAAAACAGUUUCGUUUUUUUAUUCGUUUGAAAAAUCGUUUCGUGUUUUAGAUUGUCUUUUGAAAAAAGACGCAGAAAAAAGAACGCGAAAAUUGCAAAAGAAGAACUAGAAAAUUAAUCACAAAAAUUCAGUGACACAUAAGUAGUACCGACACAGACACACAAAUAUUAAAAAAAUACAGUGAAUAAUGGCUACAUACGCGGCAUUCAAGCACGUUGAAUUAUAUAACGUUGGCAAAGCCAAGAAAAGAGUUCUUAAACCCCCAGGUGGUGGCAGCAGUGAUGGCGGCAUUUUCGGUGGAAGUUUGCCAUCAACACCACGCAGUGUGCGCAAUAACAUGACAUCGAACAUUUUUGGACCGGCCAAUGACGUGAAAAACGGAAAUGGAAAUGCCGAUCGUCAAGGAUCUUACAGAUACUUUUUCAUUGACUCAGCAGUAAAGCGCCCUGCUGCGAACUCUCACAAUCGCUUGUUUGGUGAUGUGGAACGCGUACCCCCUACCCCGAAGGGCUACCACAAAAGUAAUAUUCCAAUCGGAAAGGAUGACAUCGAUGCAGCAAAAGUAACCAACGGCAACGGAGCUUUAAACGGUAAUGGCGUUGCCGCCAACACUAACGGAAACGGUGUGGCUCACGAAAAUGGAAACGCUAAAGUUAUCGGCACCAACGGUCAUGCCAAUGGAUCUCGAGCUGGUUCAGAUUUAUCAUUGGACUCUCCAAAACCACGAAAAAUUCCACAGCCACGUGAAUUGCAGCAGAAUGGUUUUAAAUUAGCAACCCCAAUUAAACGCAAUGGUUUAAUUGGUAAUGGAUAUGCUGAUGCUCCACUAACAAAUUUGUCUUCGUCAUCAACAUCGUCGAUGUUCACAAACAAUUCGUCAGUUUCGAUUUCAUCCGAGAAAACCGAUUCGUCGGCCACGGCGGCUUUAACUCGGUCGCCACGAUUUCAGCCAUCUUCACCAAGAAAUCCAGUCACAGGACUUGGUUGCCAGGCCGCUGAUUUAUAUUGUGGACGUCGACGAAUUGCACGAGAUGGAAAUCCGAUAACUGGCGAAGGAUACAAGCGUGUCGCAGCCGAAAUCAACACUACUAUACCAGCUUUAAAUGGUGCCAAACAAGAGAUCUACAAAAAUCGUAUACCACCAGGCGGUUUCUCUUCCGGUUUGUGGUAAAUCAAGGCGUCCAUCCGAAAUGUACCGCAUUCAGCCCGCAACAUCCAUUCAAGGGCUGCAGAACAAAUAUUUGUUCGUCUACCGGGCGAGCGCGCAUCGAUUUGAAAGCCGUUUUCCAUUUUCAAAUACAUAAUACAUUUUAAUUUUCACUAUACUCUUUGUCGCUAUCACUAUUCAUUUUCUUAAUACAAAUAAUAAUAAUUAUUAUUAUAAUAAUGAUUCAACGAUUUUGGAAAAUAUCCUGAACAUGUAGCAAAAAAAAACCUAAUAAUGAUACAUUUGUUUCGUGCUAUUUGAUAAAAUAAUAUGACAAGGAUAAACAAAAUGCAGCAGAAUACACAAUCAAAUAAUAAACUUAGUAUCGUAGUGCAUCAUUUCUUUUUUUCUGUUCACAAAAUGCAAUUACAUCAGAUUCACAAUGUUUUUUUUCAACCGAUUCGAAAAUGAGAUAAAAUAAAUUCAGUAACAAACACAAUUCAUUGAAUCCGAUCAAAAGUAGGAGUUGUGAGUUUUAUAGAUUGAUUAUUAUUAUCAGAGUUUCUUUUUCGAAAUCUUUCCGAAAUUUGAUAUCUAAAUAAUGUGGUUAUCUUUUGAACGCCUAUCAACUAAAAACAAAUCCGUGUAUUCUUACUUUUAGAUUAAGAGUGUCUUUUUCGUCAUUCAUUUUUUCCGAUACAAGUUUCAAUGGAAUAAAUAAAAAUAUCAUUUAUCACUUUAAUAAUAAACAAA